GCGCGCACAGCGCCCUGACCGCCCUGCAGAACUUACCCAGCAGGCACCGCUUCUGUCUCGGGUCAACAUGGCGGGCAGGCCGGCCGUUGCAGCCUCAAGCCGUUGGUUGGAGGGUCUUCGAAAAUGGUAUUACAAUGCUGCAGGGUUCAAUAAACUGGGGUUAAUGCGAGAUGAUACGAUAUAUGAGGAUGAAGAUGUAAAAGAAGCCAUAAGAAGACUUCCUGAGAACCUUUAUAAUGACAGGAUGUUCCGCAUUAAGAGAGCACUGGACCUGUCUCUGAGACAUCAGAUCUUGCCUAAAGAGCAGUGGACAAAAUAUGAAGAGGAUAAAUUCUACCUUGAACCAUAUCUGAAAGAGGUUAUUCGGGAAAGAAAAGAAAGAGAAGAGUGGGCAAAGAAGUAACCAUGCAGUUGAAACCUGUGAAUAUAGCCGUCUUCAGAUUAUUAUGGAGUUGGCGGAACCUGAAAUGUACAAUUUAGAACUUAUUUGACCUGCAAAUGCAUUAUUUUAAAUAAAUAUUAUAGUUGCUGUUGGAACUUUCAAA